UCGAAGUGGGUGUUUGAUUUUCCGAUUUCGUAUUAAAAAGUAUUCAUACUACGCUCGCGAGUUAGCUUUUACCGAACACAUUCUUAUUUUCAUAGUCAAAUUUUGCCCCAAAUAAUUUGAUAAUGAUGGAUCGAGUAAAAUCACGAGUAACCCAAGGAGGGCUUUUUCACACUCCCAAAGCUAAAUAUACCAAGGAGACACAGGAUUUGAUCAAGAUAUUGAUGGAAGAGGCCAAAUUAACUAUUCUUCAGCGAAAUAAAAUAAACUAUCAUUUAAGGACGGGGGAGCCACUGCCACCACCGAGAGAACCGAAAUUCGAACAAGAGCACAGCAAUUUUUUACCGUUGGCUAUUCCGAAAAAGAACCUUCAGAAGCGUUCAUUGUCUACGAUAAUCGAAAGCGGUGCGUUUGACGUAGAAAAAUAUUCACCGAAAGACUGUAAGGAGACUGUUGAGAAAUCUAAGCUAAAGCUUCAGGAACAAAUGGCUGGUUGUAAGAUAUAUCCCGACGACGGCCGAAAACGAGAAUUGCCGGUACACAGUGAUGAACAGCUGGAGUUUGUUCCAUCGGACAGAGAAGCUGAAUUGCUUCAAGAAAUCAACGAACGUGUCGAAUGGUUAGCAGAAAUGGAAGCCUUAGGUGAGGGCAAACAACAUCGUCAGGUGAUUCAUGCUCAAAUUGCCGAACGCCUUAAUGAAAUCAAACGUUUGCAAAAAGAAUGUUCCAACCAGAAUGUUCCUACAGAAAAUGUAUAA